AUGUCGACAAAUGCCUUGUUGAACAAAAGACGAGCGCCACAGCUCGAAAAUGACCAGAUGGAGAUAAAGGUGGAAGACGAGUUAGAGUGGUAUCUCACGCUUACGCCACAGGAUUUUGUUAUAAAUAAGGACGACUGCUAUGGCAGAGCAAUUCGUCGUCGUGCCGCAGUGAGACAGCCAAAUCCCCAUUUAGAGACAGCUUAUUCAUCUUCAAAGGACUGUAAGGAGACGAAGCAGGCCUUGGUUAAAGAGGUGAGCUCUAGUAUUUCGUUUCAAUUUAACUGCCAUCACUGCAUCUUCACCGCAAAACGGAAAAAGGCCAUAAUUGAGCAUUUAAAAGUGCAUCGUGCGAUGCCUAAAUUUAAAUGUGAUCGGUGUGACUAUACUUCCAAGUGGAAAGGUAACGUACUCAGACACACGGAGCAGUGGCACGAUUCGAAACAGUUCAAAUGUGCACAGUGUGAUUUCGCUACGGGUCGCAAACAACAAUUCAACAGUCACGUGAGAGAUACUCAUCCGAGAGAAUUUAAAUGUGAACAGUGCAAUUACGUUUCGAAUUCGAGAGAGUGUAUCAUUUCGCACAUAACUGGCACCCAUGGUCCCAGACACUUUAAAUGUGAACUAUGCAAUUACACGGCUAGUCGGAAAUCUAACUUGAUGAGUCACAUUGAAUCGCUGCACGGGUUUGCAUUGUUUAAAUGUGAACGUUGCAAGUUCACCACUAAAUGGAGGGCCAGUCUGAGCAUACAUGUGAGGUCCUGUCACGAUUGGACCGAAUUUAAAUGCCAACAGUGCGAUUUUAACACUAAAGCGAAGGAAAACCUCGUCCAACAUGUGAAAGGACGACACGGUUUCGACGUGUUUAACUGCGAUCUGUGCACCUUCACGGCAAAAAGGCAAAAAUUUCUAAACGCGCACAUGAGGAAACAUCACAGUCCGGAAGUGCUGAAAUGUGAACAGUGCGAUUACACCACGAGCUACCAGCCGUACUUGAACUACCACGUGAAGGGCCGCCACAGUUCGAAGCAAUUCAAGUGUAAACAUUGCAGCUACGUCACAAAGUGGAACACGAACCUCGCCAAGCACGUGCGGUGGAAGCACGGCACGGAUCGUUUUAACUGCGAUCGCUGUGAGUACCACUCCAAAAGCAAGGGGGACCUUAAGCGGCAUUUGAACUCGCGCCAUGGCACCGACGCGAACAAAGUGAAAUGCGAAAUGUGCGAGUUCUCCACGAAAUGGCACAGUAAUUUAAAUAGGCACGUUAAAGUGUGUCGGAAGACGGCGAAAAACAGUUUAAUCGCACAUGUCGGAGAGCACCGUUAA